AUGGAUCUCUCCGGAAGAGGUGGUGCCGUCGGAGUUUGGGUGAUGUAUUGUGCAAGGGAAGAUGUGCACCCACAGAAUCAAUCUCAGGCGUUCAUCGUUCUGAGGUUUUUCCAUCUCAUCUCUAAAUUCAUUAUGAUGAAUCUUUUCGCAAUGAGCAAAGUAAUUGGAGACGAAGUCAAGAACUCUCCGUAUAGACGCUACAGGAACGACCCUGAGGCUGGUAACAGUAGCCGAGAGAUUUAUGAGGACGAAGUCAACGGUCCAGGACCAUUCGAUAUUGUUCGAACUAAAGGUGCUCCACUGGAUCAGUUGCAGAGAUGGAGACAAACUGCACUUGUGCUGAAUGCUUCUCGCCGAUUUCGAUAUACGUUGGACUUGAAAAAAGAAGAUGAGAGGAAGCAAAUUAUUGCUAAGAUUCGAAUGCAUGCUCAAGUCGCUAGGUCUGCUGUUCUCUUCCAAGCUGCUGGCGAAGGAGUGAAUGGUAAUUCUCAUUCUUUGUACUGUGAGCCUGGUGGCGAUUUUGAUGUUAGCUUAAAUGAGCUAUGUUCAAUGCCCCAAGAGCAUAAUCUUUCUCUGCUGGAGCAACAUGGAGGGGUCAAAGGAGUUGCUGAUAAAGUAAAAUCAAAUUUGGAAAAAGGUGUAUCUGGAGACGAGACUGAGCUCAUAAAUAGAAAAAAAGCUUUUGGAUCAAACACAUAUCCUCAGAAAAAAGGCAGGAGUUUCUGGAGGUUUCUCUGGGAGGCUUGUCAAGACACAACUCUGAUUAUCUUGAUGGUUGCUGCAGCUGCUUCUUUGGCACUGGGCAUAAAGUCUGAGGGUAUAAAAGAAGGUUGGUAUGAUGGGGGAAGCAUUACCUUUGCUGUACUUGAAGUUAUUGUUUAUACAGCUGUAAGUGAUUACCAACAAUCCCUCCCAUUCCAAAAUUUAAAUAAGGAGAAGCAAAAUAUACACAUGGAGGUCGUUAGGGGUGGGAGGAGAAUUAAGAUUUCUAUUUUUGAUAUAGUUGUUGGUGAUGUUGUGCCUCUCAAAAUUGGUGAUCAGGUCCCUGCAGAUGGAGUUCUAAUCGCUGGUCAAUCCCUUGCGAUUGAUGAGUCAAGUAUGGCUGGGGAAAGCAAAAUUGUUCACAAGGAUCCAAGGGCACCAUUUCUUAUGUCUGGAUGCAAGGUUGCUGAUGGUUAUGGUACCAUGCUGGUAACAAGCGUUGGGAUAAAUACAAAAUGGGGAUUACUGAUGGCCAGCAUAUCAGAGGAUAAUGGUGAAGAAACACCAUUGCAGGUACGAUUAAAUGGGGUUGCAAAAUUUUUUGGUAUUGUUGGGCUUGCCAUGGCUGUAGUGGAUCUGAUUGUCCUUGUGAUUAGCUAUUUUAUUGGGAAAACCAGCAAUCCAGGUGGUCAAACCCAGUUCCGAGCAGGGCAGACUAGCAUUAGUGAUUCUAUAGAUGGCUUCAUAAAGAUAUUCACUAUUUCAGUGACAAUUGUAGUUGUUGCAGUACCUGAAGGGCUUCCAUUGGCUAUCACUAAGAUGCUUGCCUAUUCAAUGAGAAAAAUGAUGGCGGACAAGGCCUUGGUCAGGAGGCUAUCAGCCUGUGAAACCAUGGGCUCUGCAACAACUAUUUGCUGUGAUAAAACCGGGACCCUAACUUUGAAUCAGAUGACUGUGGUUGAUGUGUUUGCUUGUGGGAAGAAGAUUGAACCCCCUGACAAUCAGUCACUACUUCCUCCUAAUGUUAUGUCUCUGCUUCUUGAAGGCAUUUCACAGAAUACAACUGGCAGGAUAUUUGUCCCUGAGGGUGGUAAAGCUCUGGAGAUUUCUGGAUCACCAACAGAAAAGGCCAUCCUUCAGUGGGGCAUUAAUCUUGGGAUGGAUUUCGAUACUGUUCGAUCAAAGUCACUAAUAAUCCAUGCUUUUCCGUUCAACUCAGAGAAAAAGAAAGGUGGUGUCGCUCUAAAACUGUCGAAUUCUGAGUUUCAUGUACACUGGAAAGGGGCUGCAGAACUAGUCCUUGCAUCUUGUACCUAUUACAUGGAUUCAAAUGGCUGCAUGGCGCAGAUGGAAGAAGAUAAGGUAUCAUAUUUCAAGAAAGCAAUUGAAGAUAUGGCUGCAGGAGGUCUACGCUGUGUUGCUAUUGCCUACAGGUCAUACGAGAUGGAGACGGUCCCUUCUAAUGAGGAGGAAACGGAGAAUUGGCAAUUACCAGAAGAAGACCUUAUUUUACUUGCCAUUGUCGGUAUCAAGGAUCCUUGUCGACAAGGUGUCAGAGAUGCGGUUCAGUUGUGCAUUGAUGCCGGUGUUAAGGUAUGUAUGGUUACUGGAGACAAUCUUCAAACGGCAAAAGCAAUAGCGGUAGAGUGUGGGAUAUUAGGAUCAAAUGGAGAUGCUACCGAGCCAAAUCUCAUUGAAGGAAAGGCAUUCCAUGCCAUGUCUGAGAUGCAGAGGCUGGUAGUGGCUGAUAAAAUUAAGGUGAUGGGUAGGUCAUCACCAAAUGACAAACUCUUGCUCGUACAAGCAUUGAGGAAGAAGGGUCACGUUGUUGCUGUUACUGGAGAUGGUACUAACGACGCUCCUGCACUACAUGAGGCCGAUAUUGGUCUUGCAAUGGGUAUCCAUGGAACAGAAGUUGCCAAAGAGAGCUCAGACAUCAUUAUAUUGGAUGAUAAUUUUGCUUCAAUAGUGAAGGUGGUGCGGUUUGGUAGAUCUGUUUAUGCCAAUAUUCAGAAAUUUAUACAAUUUCAGCUCACUGUUAAUGUUGCAGCUCCUAUAAUCGAUGUUGUAGCCGCAGUUUCUGCUCGUAAUGUCCCGUUAAAUGCAGUGCAGCUUCUCUGGGUAAAUCUUAUAAUGGAUACACUAGGGGCUGAAGCACUAGCAACGGAACCUCCUACUGAUCCUCUGAUGCAUAGGCCUCCUGUGGGUAGAAGGGAACCUCUCAUUACUAAUGUCAUGUGGAGGAACUUAAUAAUUCAGGCUCUAUAUCAAGUGGCUGUUCUCCUAAUCCUGGAUUUCUGGGGAAGAAGCAUUCUGAAUUUAGAGGAUGAAUCGGAUGACCGAGCUUUCAGAGUGAAGAAUACACUGAUAUUCAAUGCAUUUGUCUUUUGUCAGAUAUUCAAUGUGUUGAAUGCUAGAAAGCCUGAUGAGAUCAAUGUGUGGAAAGGGGUUACCAAAAACCGUCUUUUCAUGGGAAUAGUUGGACUUAUAGUAGUUCUCCAGGUUAUCAUAAUAUUUUUUCUUGGGAAGUUUACUUCAACAGUUAGACUCAAUUGGAAAUUGUGGCUUGUUUCCGUUGUGAUCGGCAUAAUCAGCUGGCCUUUAGCCAUUGUUGGGAAGCUUAUUCCUGUUCCAGGGAGACCUUUCAGUGAUUUGUUUAUGAAGAAAUUACGUAUAGAAAGGGAAUCACGAGGUUAAAUACUGAGGAAGUGGAAAAAGACAGCUUCUGGGCUCAUCUUUUUCCGUAGGCAGGGUGCAAUAUAGCUAACUUAAGUUGUAAUGUGGGGUACAAAGUUGCUUCUGUUCAUACAGUGAAGUUGUAAUGUGCUCUUUAUCAACUAAUGUUGAUAUAUAUGAUCAAUAAAUUAUUUUUAUGUGAGAACGGUUA